AUGAACGCAAAAGAGUGGACGAAGUCCAUAAUAAGAGGCUUCAUGUGUCUGUCUGGGAUUAUUGGCAACCACUGGCUUGGUUUUCGCUCUCUGCCAAAAUCCAGAUCUCAGCUCCGAACUAACGACAUCCUGUUUGUCAACUUGGCUUUAUCCAAUCUAAUCACAAACUACUUAGUGGACUUGCCGGACACCCUGGACUUUGUAAAACGUUGGCCCAUGGGCAAGAUGUAUUGUGGUGCUUUCAAUUUUUGCUCAAACCUCUCUGAGACCAGCAGCAUCUUCACCACCCUGUUCAUCACUGUUUUCUGGCAUCAGAAGCUUGUGGGCUCUCUAAAGCGUGGAGGGGCUCCUGCGCAGAUGGACAAUGUACGCCUUGUUGCAGCACUGCUGGUAGGGAGCUGGAUUGCAGCUGUUGUGUUCAGCCUUCCACAGUUUUUCUUUGUCUCUGCAGCCAUGUGGAAUGAGAGCCUUGUAGACUGCGUAGAAUAUUUUCCCUCUCAAGAAGCCAGGCAAAUCUACGAGACGCUGUACCUUACACUGGCAAAUGUGGUUCCAAUUGUUGGGAUUGUGGUUGCAAGCAUCCAGAUCGCAGUUACGCUACUGCAAAAUCAAAAGCGUAUCAAGAACACCACCAGAGCGGGAACUAGAGGAGGUAACCCUCCGGUUGCUGAAGACCACAGAAGAGCUGCAGGAGGCAAUGCAAUGACAAGCGCUACAAACACAACUCCUCCAGAAUUCUCAAGCAAAGUUACACAAGACAGAUCUAUUUCAUCUUCAGGGAAUCAGGUGAGGGCUGCCAAGAGUGUGGUAGCAGUGGCCACUGUUUUCCUGAUCUGCUGGCUAAUUCACCUCUUGCUCAGCAUAACCAGCACUAUUUACCAGUCCACUGUAGUAGAUGAGAUGACCAGCUAUAUAGGAGCAGUUUAUACAUGUAUUAUCCCUUACAUUUACCUACAUGGGGUGAAGAAGUUUAACUGCUCAUCCAGAGAUUAA